ACUCGAUUCAAGCCUCCUCUGGCGCCUGCGCCGCAGCAAUGUUGAGCUUCUGCAAACUGCAACUUCAAAAAUAGUCAGAAAAACUAAAAAUAAAAGAAAAAAACAGGAAAAUCGAAUUCUAGGGUUUUCAAAUGUCCAUGGCUUCUCUCCCCCACAUCGAUGAUGAUGAUGAUUUCGGAGGCGAUUUCUCUGGAGGCCACAAUGGCAGGCGUUCAGGGAAUAAGAGAGGUUUUGGAGAUCUUGAGGAUGACGAAGACGAUAUUUUUAGCAACAAGAAGGGAAGCUUCAAACUUGAAGAAACUGCUCCUGGAGUUGCGACAGGAAUGAUUUUGUCUCUCCGUGAGAGUCUUCAAAACUGUAAGGAUACUCUAGCAACAUGCCAAACGGAGCUUGAAGCUGCAAGGUCAGAGAUUCAAAAGUGGCAUUCUUCAUUUCAGAAUGAUUCCUUCAUACCAGCAGGCACAUCUCUUGAACCUAAACUAGUGGUCAACUAUCUUCAGACUCUGAAAUCCUCUGAAGAGUCAUUGAGAGAACAGCUAGAAAAAGCAAAGAAAAAGGAAGCUGCUUUCAUUGUAACAUUUGCUAAACGGGAGCAGGAGAUUGCAGAAUUGAAGUCUGCAGUCCGGGAUUUGAAAGCACAACUGAAGCCACCAUCAAUGCAGGCAAGGAGGUUAUUACUAGAUCCAGCAAUUCAUGAAGAGUUCACACGUUUAAAGAAUUUGGUUGAGGAGAAGGAAAAAAAAGUGAAGGAGUUGCAGGAUAAUGUUGCUGCUGUCAAUUUUACUCCACAAAGCAAGAUGGGGAAGAUGCUAAUGGCAAAAUGCCGAACCCUGCAGGAGGAAAAUGAGGAAAUUGGAAAUAUAGCUUCUGAGGGAAAGAUGCAUGAAUUAACAAUGAAACUUGCUUUGCAAAAAUCUCAAAAUGCAGAGCUCAGAAGUCAAUUUGAAGGACUGUACAAACAUAUGGAGGGACUGACCAAUGAUGUGGAAAAGUCAAACGAAAUGGUGCUAAUCUUGCAAGAGCAGUUAGAAGAGAAGGAUUCGGAGCUCAAAAGGCUGAAGGAAGAGCUGGAGCAGAAGACGCAAAUGGAAGCUGAAAAUAAUGAUUCAGCUUCCGAUAAGAAAGUUAGUGAUGAUGCAACGAUACCUGUGGAAGAUGGAAACUGAGCUUUAGGUUUGACUGAGCUGUUAGGAAAUUUCAAAUUUUUGGCCUCGCUGUCUGUACAUUAAACAUUAAUUUGGUUCUUAGCUCAAGUGCACUGAGCUAUUAGGGAAUUAUUGAAUUUUUGUUCCCGCUCAUUGUCUGUACAUUAAACAUUAAUCUGGGAUUUUCAUUUGAGCAUGCUUCUUUCA